CAGGUGCAUUUGGUAUACAUGUACUUCUGUAAUGUAGCCAAUAAUGCUCUUCAUGAACUGGAUGUGGCGCUUCUCAGCUGCUCGUAGGCUCGCUCUCUCAAUCGACCGGGGAAAUGAUCGAUGUCACUUUCGACGACGUCGUCGCUUUGAGAAUGGAAAUGAUUUGCAACGAUUCAUGAUUUCUCCAUGAUAUUUUCUAUCCAUAAGUCAUUUGGAAAUUCAUGGUAUUGCUUCAAUGGGAGUCGUCACUAUGGGAAAUUAAUUGGAUUUUAACCUCUCAGGAUUCAUGAAGUUGUGAUUUUCUAGCGGUUCAAGGAGUUUUGUUCUUGUUCUUUUGGAUUGAACAGGACGACCGGGGAUGGCCUAUCGGGAGGGCCAGGGUCUGGAGCAGGUGCGAAGCCCAAUACGUCCCGAGAGAGAUCUAAGUGGUGCGCUGAGUUUAUCGGCGGAAGCGUUGACGUUACUCGGAAAUAUCUUACCAGUGAUAGUGGUGUUCAGGUUCAAGACUCGGGCCGAGAGGACGGUUACAGAUAUCCUAAUCGGAACGCUUGCUAUAAAUGAUAUGUGUUCUGUGCUAUUGCCACUACCUGUGUCUCUACCCAGCUUUAUAGAUCCCGGUCCCGAGUCAGCAUGGCACGGGGGCAAAGCGGCAUGUAUUUUCUACCAGUUUUCGGUCUACUGGCUCCAGAACUCGGCCAUGCUUCUGGUAACCGCCAUGGCCUUAGAACGAUGGUUGGCUGUUGCCUUCCCGCUACGAUACAAAGGCUGGACUACGCAUGGACGAGCUCGGGUCAUGAUCGUCGUCAUCUUCGGUUCGACGUUCGUCGUAGCAUGUCUCCCCGUCAUGGGACUUGCCCCGCCGGCUGUAUCGAAACAAGGUAGCCGGUUCUGUCGUUCCUGGAUCGCUACGCAACCUGAAGUCUGGUACCACACCAUCUUCCCUAUUGUUCUUAUAUCACAGGGCUGGAUCUCGAUGGUCCUAGUCCUGGUCCUGAAUGUGUGUUUGAUGGUUAGACUAACGAGAUUUAGAAGGAGACUGAAAACAGACAGAGGUGAAAUGACCACGGAAAGGAAAUCGAUACGUGAAUUUACGAAGCUGGUCGUCGUCGUAGCGAUCCUUUUCUACUGUACGUGGUUACCAGUUCUUGUGAGUAUAGUCAAAUCAUUGUAAUUGUUUAUAAGAUGAUGC